CAGCGAACUUCCCUUCGUUCUUCACAGAAAGAAGAAGAAGAAGAAGAAGAAGAAGAAGGACGAGGAGGAGAGAAAUUGGAGAAACUAGGGUUUGAAGAUGUCGUACCUUCUACCGCAUUUGCAUUCAGGAUGGGCUGUGGAUCAAGCCAUUCUCGCUGAAGAAGAACGUGUCGUCAUCAUCCGUUUCGGCCAUGAUUGGGACGACACCUGUAUGCAGAUGGAUGAAGUGUUGGCCUCAGUUGCGGAGACAAUUAAGAACUUUGCAGUAAUAUACCUUGUGGAUAUCACAGAAGUUCCUGAUUUCAACACAAUGUAUGAACUGUAUGAUCCUUCCACCGUCAUGUUCUUCUUUAGGAACAAGCACAUAAUGAUUGAUCUUGGUACUGGGAACAACAAUAAGAUAAAUUGGGCACUCAAGGAUAAACAAGAGUUCAUUGAUAUUGUUGAAACAGUUUAUCGUGGAGCAAGGAAAGGACGUGGUUUAGUCAUUGCACCUAAGGAUUAUUCAACCAAAUAUCGCUACUAGGACAUUUUGCUGCUUGUGCAAGCUCUUAUUGAUUUUAGAUUUAAGAAAUUGCAUCUAAACAAUCUCUCUGUAUGACAUCUGCUUUGUUUGGAUGGCAUAUAAUUCUUCAUGACAUAUGUUCUCCUAUUCAAGGAUUAUGUUUUCUUCAUGACAUAUGUUCUCCUAUUCAAGGAUUAUGUAGUGGAUUAUAAUAGUUGGUCGAAACGACCAGUGAACUACAUGUCAUGUAUAUAAAAGGGUAUAAUGUAAAGUUCGUUCACCUUUUCUCAUA